AUGACGCACUUUUUCUUCAAAGAUGGCCGGGACUCUCGGCAACUCGACAUCAACGCCCAGUUUGACACGUUUGGAAAACGAAUGAUCAGAUGUGUAAAACGCAGCGUAGUCCGGGUCUCCAGAGAUGCGAAGGAUUUCUUCAAGAGAGGCUGGCCCUCAGGCCUUUCGCGUACCGGCAGUGUCGCACCGGCGUACUCCAAGGCCAGAAACAAUAGCUCCCGACCCUCAUUGACCAGUUCGUCACCGAAGGGGCACUCCGCGACCUUUCCAGCAGCAAGCCUCAUGGCCAGGAGGCGAAUAUCCAAGCGCUUGCUCAACAGCUUCAAAAGCUCGACAGCAACCAGUGAAGGGGUGUCUGCUGAUGAUCUGCGCAUCUUGGGUGGCCAUCUUCCCGGCGAGCAGAGUCCGAACCCGUCCGUUUGGCUUGCCCAGGAGCACGGAUGGCAAUGGCGCCCCAUGACCCCAGAGACCAUCACCAAGCUGCGCCCCAACAGACGACGCCGCAUCACCCUGUGCGUCUUGCCUCCCCACACUGCCUGUGUCACACGAAAAUCCUUCAGCGCCCCCUAA